AUGAAAGUAUUGUUUGUCUCAGGCGUGGGGAGGGCGUGCAUCCUCCUCCUACCUGUAAUUUCCUGUCUUGGCCAGCACCGUCAGCGUCGCCAAGAAGACAAUCAAGCCAGCCAAGCAUGCAUUGAGUCUGAACCUGUGGCCAUCACGGCCCCUAAAGAAAAUAUCUGGAGUGACCUAACCCGCUCCGAGACAGCUUCGGUCCCAUUUGGGAUAACAAGAUUCGGCCUGCUACUAAUCACCAACCUGACGACUUGGAAGCCUUAUGAUUAUAUUCUUACUCGAAAGACGGACGGCAAGGUCCCCAAUCUGGGAGCAGACAUGUUCGUAGUUUUGAAUGAGUGGAUUCCCUUAAUUGGGGCUACUAUCGCCGACAUUACUAUGGACCUAUGGAACGGUACUGUAAUGGGCCGUGAUAACGACACGCUGUACGUCUGGAUCGAAGGUUGGUUUUAUAACAACGUCUUCUACAAGACAACUGAGAAAUUCCGCACGGCAUGCUGGGCAGGUCUCCCCAAGAUACCAGCGAACUAUGAGGGAAACUGGACUAGAACGGACCAGCAAGGUCCCGUCAUGCCUUAUGACACGAUGUCGCCGCCUGUGAUCCAGUUCAGUCUAGCACGGCGUAUCUGGACUCGGAAUUUGACUUUGGCGUUUAUGCCUUUAAAGCUGGUGAACGGCUAUGAUUGCCCCGAUUACGCCACUUAUUUGAAUACGAGCUUUUACAAAUCGAGUCAACCCAUAUUCACCUCAGCAGCAUUUUCCUGUUUGAGUUCAUGGGCGAUUACCCGGUACAACGCCAUUCUAGCAGCGACUAUGUUUCCGUUACGAAAAACACAUACUUUAGUCUACGUGGCAGCAUACACGAUCACGUCCUUAAUUUCAAAGCUGACUUCGAUAUUUUGGGACAGCGCAACCCAGGUGAUUGUCGUGAACACGGACGAGCCAAAUCAAUGGGGCGAGUACCGGGGAUAUCGGGUCGCGCCCACCUCAGGAACGGCCCACCUUACGGUGUUGAACUCGUGGACACUCGUCGAAGCGGCACAUUGGGCCGAGUUCGAUGUGCAGGUGACGCGGCAGAAAGACACGGAGCCCCUUUCUGCUCACCCCUACGACAAGAAUGCAGUCGAUGAAACCCCAAUUAACUUUGACCGCUUUUUCGACGACGAAUCGCUGAGGCAGGAAGAUCUGGUCCUUUGA